AUGGCGGACGUCGAUGAUCGAGGUUCGGCUGGCGGCGAAGAAGAAGGCAAAGAUCUCUGGUCGUCGAUUUUGAGUGACGUUUCAAGUUCAGCUAGUCGAAAAUUACCCUCUAACAAGGCGAUUGUGCUGUUAGGUAACGAUGGCUCGGGGAAAACGACGCUGAUUUCAAAGCUUCGAGGUAAAGAAGAUGAAAUAAGUAAAGGUCACGGACUGGAAUACACAUAUUUGGAUGUUCAUGAUGAGGAGAGAGAUGACAGUACAAGAUUAGGGGUAUGGAUAUUGGACGGCGAUCCUCUUCACAAAGGUCUUCUGCAAUUUGCCAUCACACCUAAAAGUAUUACUAACACUCUUAUCGUUCAAGUUGUGGACAUCUCUAGACCAUGGACAAUUAUGGAAUCUUUGCAUUCGUGGACAGAAGUUCUUCGGGAACACAUUCAUUCACUGAAACUACCGCCUAAAGAGUUAAACGAAAUGGAGGAACGAAUUGUGCAGCAAUUUCAAGAGUAUGCAGAACCAGAUGAAACAACAGAGGACAGGAGAAGAUCAGGAAUAAAAGAUGAAGACAAGGUUCUUCUUCCACUUGAUGAAAAUGUACUCACAGACAAUCUUGGUCUACCUAUGGUAGUUGUCGUCACUAAGACUGACUGCAUGUCCGCACUUGAAAAGGACAGAGAUUAUAGAGAGGAGCAUUUUGAUUUUAUUCAACAACACAUCAGAAGGCACUGCUUGAAAUAUGGUGCUACAUUGUUUUACACCUCUGUCAAAGAAAAUAAGAACUGCACACUAUUACACAGAUACUUAGUCCAUCAAAUAUAUGGCCUACCAUUCAAUAGUCCAGCUUUGGUUGUGGAUAAGGAUUCAGUAUUUAUUCCAGCAGGUUGGGACUCUGUAAAGAAGAUAAACAUUCUUAGUGAACACUUGAAAAAUAUCCAGGCUGAUGAUGCGUUUGAUGAUCAUAUUGUUAAACCUCAACUGAGAAAGCCAAUACAAGACAAAGAAGUUACUGCAGAGGAUGAACAAACAUUCCUCGCAAAACAACAGCAAUUGCUUCAAAAGAUGCCUGCUACUGUGUCAUCUGGCAUCGCUAGACCACAACCGGACAUAUCUAAGCCCCGUGCUCCAGCGAGCCCUAGUGGCAGGAUAACUUCAGACAGAAGGCCUUCAGGUGGAGCAAUCUCCGCUUCGCCCAGAGGAGCAAAGGUCGAAGGUGGAAAACCAGGCGCAGGUGCGGGCACCAGUGAAGGAGUACUGGCCAAUUUCUUCAACUCGUUACUCAACAAGAAGAGCGGGACUGGUGCUGCCAUGGGACGAGGCGGAACAGCUGUCAGAAGUGAUGCUGCUGCCGAGUUAGAUCGUAUGAACAGAGCCAAGAAAAUGGUCUCCCCAGGAAACGCGGCUAACGACACGACAGAAUCAUCGUAGGUGUGGCAAUUAGUUUAAUAAGUUGUAGAGGAUGUACAACAGACUUUUGUGACGUGCGUUCGGAUUAAGCGCUUUCAUGAAAUUUAUUUUGUAUAAAGCUAGGCUCUUAUAAUUUGGUGUAGGAUAUGAUAGUUUGGAGAAAAGAAAAGUAGAAAGAUGUACGUUGUAUUCGACACAAAGAUAUGGGGAGAACUUUUAAAACACAAUGGAAGCCGUGAAUUGUGCCCAAAGUCCGUUUUUAAAUGGUAAAAGCAGAAGUUGGAAAGUAACUGUUAAUUUACCGAGUGAAAACAGGGUUUGUUGUCAAUAGAAAAGUGAUGAAUGGCGAAUGGAAAUGUAGUGCAUACUGAUGAAAAAAAUUGUAGUUUUGUCUUGGUGUAGACUUUAGACAAAUAUGUUGUUGAUCCUCGAAGGCGUCAGACUCAUCGAGCUUGGGGUCGUUUUUGGAAGGUCAAUUCCUGAAAAGUUAUCGGGGUUUUAAAGGUCUCAAAAUGUGGAGAACACGAAAUAUAAAUUUUAUAAGCCGAUGAAAGUUUAUCUAAGGCUUUUUUUUCAUCAGUGACAAAUUAUCACCCGUAAACUCUCGUUAAUUACGAUUUUAGAUACUUUUCCAAGAUAUGUGUCAACAGUAAGUGUGUACCAACUAAAAGAGUAUCGAUAAAUUAUUUCUAAUUCGGAGUACGUUCACUAGAAGGUGAGCAUGUCCAGAAACGUAAAUAACAGUCAGCUAAAUUCGCUCAGGACCCGCUGCUAAUGAAUAACCUAUUAUCUUGUGGAUGGUUGUGGGAGAUAAGAACUCUUCUCUUGCAAGUCCGUUUCACUUGUAGUUUGUUGGGUAAAUUAGGAUUCUGACUUCGGCAUUCCCUGUUUCACGCAGCAAAAGCGGGG